GCCCCGCCCCGUUCAUUGCAUUAUCACAGCCAAGGAGCGCACGAACCCACGGACCCACCCAGCAGGGAUCCAACAUCCGAACCCGCCGGGCUCAUGCUGACCACGGGGUAAAAAAAACAACAACCCCACAGCUGCUCAUUUGGGGAUUUUUGUUGUUGUUGAACAAACACACUUCUGAUAUGAAACGCACGGAUUAUGGAUUUAAUACGCAUAUGUUCCCAAAUCCUACUUUGCCUAAGUUUCUGCGUUAGAGCAUCAUUGAGUGAUGGCGAGGACGCUUCUUGUGAUGGAGCGUUUGAUAUUUAUUUCGUUUUGGACCGGUCCGGCAGUGUUUUUGGACACUGGGACGAGAUCUAUGGAUUUGUUGAGCAGCUCACCAGCAGGUUUGUCAGUCCCAGGAUGAGGGUUUCCUACAUAGUCUUUUCAGCCAAAGCAGUCGUAAUACUGCCUCUAACUGGAGACAGGUCAAAGAUAGACAAGGGUUUGGAGAAGCUGAGCCAAAUCAAACCUGCUGGUGAAACGUUCAUGCACGAAGGCAUGAAAGCGGUGUCAGAGCAGAUGAAGACACAGACCUCGCCGUCGUCCACCAUCAUCAUCGCUCUGACCGACGGCAAGCUGCAGGUGUUCCCCUAUGAACUGACCGUACAGGAGGCGGACAAAGUCAGAGGGUUUGGGGCCCGAGUCUACUGUGUCGGGGUCAUGGACUUUGACCACAGACAGCUUGCUGACAUAGCAGACGGCACAGAGCAGGUCUUCCCGGUGCUGUCCGGGUUUCAUGCCCUGAAAGACAUCGUGAACUCGAUCCUGAAGCAGACGUGCGCCGACGUCUUCACAAUUGAGCCGUCGAGCGUUUGUGUGAAUGAGUCCUUCAGCGUGGUGCUGCGGGGCAGCGGCUUCAGCGGAUCCAAGAGAACCAACAACGUGCUCUGCUCCCUCACCGUCGAUCAGAAGACACACGAACAGAAACCCAAAGUAGUUAGAGACGGCUAUCUGCUGUGUCCAGCGCCGGUUCUACAUGAGGUCGGACAAUCAGUCGAAGUGCUGGUGAGCCUGAACAACGGACAAUCCUACAUCUCCGGUCCCAUUACCAUCCGUGCUACAGCGUGUUCAGAUGGGACCUGGGUGCUCUGGUUGCUGUUGGCUCUCUUGCUGCUUCUAGCUCUGGCUUUCUUCUGGUGGUUCUGGCCUCUCUGCUGCACCGUGGUUAUCAGAGACCCGCCCCCGUCUCGGCCGCCACCGCCACCGCCACCUCCUGUCAAUGAGCCAGAAGAAGAUCCCUCAGCCAAACACCAGUGGCCCACAGUGGACGCUUCCUACUAUGGUGGCAGAGGUGCUGGAGGAAUCAAGCGCAUGGAGGUGCGCUGGGGCCAGAUGGGGUCCACAGAGGAAGGCUCCCGGCUUGAGAAAGCCAAAAACGCAGUGGUCACAAUGCCGGAGGGAGUCGAGGAGCCCAUCUUGUCUAAACCCCCGCCGAGACCUCCUCCAGUCUACACGCCGCCACCACGGCCCAAAUGGUACACUCCCAUCAAGGGCCGUUUUGAUGCGCUGCAGGCGUUAAUGAGGAGACAGUACGACAGAGUGGCGAUCAUGAGGCCGACGCCUCGCGACAAGGGACGCUGUAUUAACUUCACCAGAGUUCAGCGUCACUGAUGUCUGACCACGAGGAUCAACACAUUUCGCUUCUUUGCAGUUUUUGGCCUAAGAUUAAUGCCACGUACACUCAAGAGACGAUUGUUCUUAUCCAACAUGUAUUGUAAAUAAACGUCUUUACGUAUA